AUGUCCGACGACGACCAAAAGCUCUCCAAGACGUCGUCGCGCAUCGACCGGACGACGUCGCACACUGACGAGGAAAAGACGUCAGUCAUUGACGCCACCGUUCCCGCCGUCUCGCACCGCCUCAACCACCACCACGCCCACGUCCCCGCCAGCGGCGACGACAAGAACAUCACCGACAACACCGUCCGCCUCGUCGACAAGGACGGCCACACCCAGCGCUGGCCCCUCGCCAGCAACGACCCGCGCGACCCGCUCAACUUUGGCAAGUGGACCAAGCUCGGCAUCGUCGUCUCGUGCUGCUGGCUCUCGAUCUUCUCCCUCGCCCUCGCCGGAGGCCUCGGCCCCAUCAUGGGCACAUUCUACCAGAUGUACCACGAAAAGGGCCCCGCCGAGGUCACGCUGCUCAGCACGCUCCCCUCGGUCAUGAUUGGCGUCGGCAACCUCAUCGUCAUCCCCGCCUCGAUGGUCUUUGGUCGUCGCCCCGUCGUCCUCGUCUCGGCCGCCGUCCUCAUGGCCGGCUGCAUUGGCUCCGCUGCCAGCCAAUCGUUUGAGGUCCACCUCGCCACUCGUAUCGUUCAGGGCCUCGCUUCGGGCAUCUCGGAGUCUUUGCUGCCCCUCAUGAUCACGGAAAUCUCGUUCGUCCACGAACGCAGCCGCAUCUUCGCCAUCUACUGGGCAUCGCAGAACGUCUUCUCCUCCGGACUCAACCUGGCCGGAUCCUACGAGGUCGAGGCAUUGGGCUUCAGGGCCUUUUACGUGGUUUAUGCUGCCGCGGCGGGGGCUGGUAUCAUCAUGAGCUUCCUCUUCCUCGCCGAGACGGGCUUCAACCGGCCGCCGCAGCAAAAGGACGGCGUGUGGUACGUCGUCGACCGCUUCGGUGUCAACCACGCCAUGACGCGCGAGCAGCUCGAGCAGGCUUUCGCCGACAAGACCAUCGUCGUCGACCCGCGCUACAACGCCGACACCGUCGAGGCCAUCGAGGCGACGAGCGAGGUCGAGCACCGCCCCUUUACCUGGGCGCAGCGCCUCAAGCCGUGGUCGGGCGUGCAGCGCCCGGCGCUCCGCAUCGCCGGCCGCACCCUCUACGACGUCCUCAUGGCCCUCUUCUGCCCCACGAUCCUCUACGUCACGCUGCUGGUCACGGUCGUGCUCGGCACCUCGAUCGCCGUGUCGCUCACCUACUCGACCGCGCUCCUCGCCUACGGCUGGCCUGCCCAGAACAUUGGCCUGAUCGCCAUCGGUGCCAUGAUCGGCGCCGCGCUGGGAUCCGCCUACGCCGGCUUCUUUGGCGACAAGAUCCUCAUGGCCAUGACGCGCCGCAACCACGGCGUGCUGCGACCGGGCCACUACCUCGUCGUCUCCAUCUUCCCGGGCGUCGUCGCCUUCGCCUCGCUCCUCCUCUACGCCUUCACCGCCUCCGGCAACGCCACCUGGGGCGGACCCGUCAUGGCCUGGGCGCUCAACCAGUUCUCCUUCACCAGCAUGCUCAUCAUCACGUCGGCCUACGCCACCAUCGCCUACCCCGACAACCCAGGCGCCGCCCUCCUCCUCGUCAUCGGCGCCAAAAACAUCAUCUCGUACGGCAUCACCCAGGGCACCCUGCCCAUGGUCAUGUCCCACAGCAACGAGUGGGCCUACGGCGUCCUCGCCGCCAUCCUCGGCGCCAGCUUCCUCGUCGGCCUGCCCUUUUACUUCUGGGGCGACGCCAUGGACCGCUGGGCCAUGCGCCAGUCGAAGCGCAUCUUCCACAAGUAG